AUGCAACGUCUUGUGCGUAUCAUAUGGGCUUUCUAUGUACCCUGGAUAGUCGGGGCAGCGACGGCUGAGCAAUGGCGAAGUCGGUCUAUAUACCAAAUAAUCACGGAUCGAUACGCGCUACCUUCAAACGCAGAGUCAACCAAGUGCAACACGGGAAACCAGACGUGGUGUGGUGGGACCUGGAAUGCGAUCCGCGAAAACCUCGACUAUGUCCAAAAUGCAGGGUUCACGGCGAUCUGGAUCAGUCCUGUCUCGCAAAACUACGAAGGUCCACGCACGGCCUAUGGAGAUGCCUACCACGGGUACUGGAUUGCCGACGCCACGAAACUGAACGACAGAUUUGGCUCUGCUGACGACCUGAAAGCGCUCUCUGCGGAACUUCAUAAGCGGGGAAUGUACCUCAUGGUCGAUGUAGUAGUCAACAACGUCAUGGCCACUUCGACUACGCCAGACCUGUCGCCGUACAUGUUCAAGGAGCAGUCCCAAUAUCACCCGUAUUGUCCGAUUCAAUGGGGAAACACCACAAGCGAACAGGACUGCUGGCUAGGCGAUACUAAUGUUACGCUUCCAGAUUUAGACACUCAAAACCCGAGUGUUGUGUCCGGCUACAGCCUUUGGAUCAAAGAGCUCGUGGAGGAGUAUCAAAUAGAUGGCUUGCGAAUUGAUGGUGAACACUUCAUGACAAGAAUUCCUAGACAUGUCAAUACCGACUUCUGGCCGAUAUUCUGCGGAGCCGCAGGCGUCUUUUGUAUAGGCGAAGUGUUCGAUGGAAAUAUAACACAAGCUGCCCAGUACCAGGGCCCGAAUGCUCUGGACUCUAUUCUGAACUAUCCCAUGUACGGUGUUCUUGUGGAUGCCUUCGCUAUCCCCGGUGCACGAAACGUUUCCGCCGUCGCCGAUACAAUUGCGCAGUCCAGAAAGCUGUUCAAGGAUCCUGGCCUACUCGGGAAUUUCCUGGAGGACCAAGACGUCCCCCGCUGGGCCAAUUUCUCCGUUGAUCCACAGACACUGUACAACGCCAUGGUCUUCACUUUCAUGUCAGACGGCAUUCCUAUCGUCUAUUACGGCCAAGAACAAGGGUUCAAUGGUAGUGGUGACCCUUGGAAUAGGGAACCUCUCUGGCCAUCCGGAUACGCCAAUUCGUCAAUCUACCAAUUAGUGACCAGUCUCAACAAGUUCCGGAAUUUCUUGAUUGCAGGGAAUACUGGCUGGCUCCAUUCUCCAGCUCAGGUCUUGACAACGAGCCCAUAUGGUUUGGGGCUGAUGAAGGGGGACGUAGUAUCGAUCCUGACCACGAUCGGCUCACCGCCCCAAAACGUCAGUCUAGCAGUCUACACACCAUUCCGGGAAGAGAGUGCGACGACCGACAUACUGACUUGCAAGCAGUAUGCGGUCGGUAGCAAUGGCACUAUUGUUGUGUCAUACGAGAAGGGAGGAAGGCCUACCAUACUCAUACCGGAUAAGCUGCUGGCGAAUUCUGGAUUCUGCGGAUACGAGCCACAGGUGGCAGUUUUCACCGGGAAUGCAGCCUUAUCGGGUGCUGUUGGUCGGUCCAUGAGGUCCGGGAUAACAACUGAGUUUGCAUUGUUAUUCUUAAUAGGAAUUUGUACAUUCCUCGCGAUGUAA